AUGUCUCGUUUCUUUGUAUCAGGGUAUAAUUCAGAAUCUUCAUCCGAGGAGGAGGAUUUAUUAAGUACUUCUGAAGAAGAAUUAGUAUCAUCUUCUGAAGAACAUUCAGAUGAUGAUUUUUUCGAGAAUGAUGAUGACGACGAAGAAAGUAGUUCAGAUGAAGAAGGUGGAAGACUAACUGGUCCAGCAUAUUUUUUGAAAAAGUCAUUUAUAAAAGGAGGAGAUUCAGAUAAUGAAAGUGACGAUGAAGUAAGGACUGCUGUUAGAAGUACAAAAGAUAAAUUAUUAGAUGAUAUGAAAGCAUCAAUUGAAAUAAUAAACGUCAAUAAAAGAACUAAUAAUUGGAUUGGAGCUUUAAGUGAAUUUGAAAAGUUAGGAAGAUUUUUAAACAGAGCAAAUCAACAAAAUUUUGGAACUCCUAAAUUUUAUAUAAAAUUAUUAUCAAGUUUAGAUGAUUCAAUAACUGAGACCAUCAAUAAUGAAAAAGACGAUAAAACCAUGAAAGCCGACGAGGCAAGAGCUCUCAAUACGUUAAGACAAAGAGUUAAAAAACAAAUUAAAGAAUACCAAACAUACUUUGAUUUAUAUAAAGACGUUCCAGAAAACUUUGACCAAGAAGAUGAACCAUUAGAUGCCGGAUCAAGAACUGACGAUAAACUUGAUGAAAGUAAAGUAUUGAGUCCAGUCUUUCAACUUUUAAAACAAGUUUCCGAAAGUAGAGGAAAGAAGAAUGUUGAUAGAGCCGAGCAAAUAUCAAGUUUGGAAGGAUUAAUUUCAGAAAAUCUUAGCACUUUUGAGCUUAUAUCAAUUUAUCAAGUAUUAUUGUCCUUAAGAUUUGAUGCAUCUACUUCACAAUUUUUACCUAUUCAAGAUUGGCAAAAGAAUAAUGAUGAUAUAAAUAAAUUGUUGGACAUCUUGUUUGCUUCUAAAGAAUACCAAGUAAGUGAAAAAGGUGAAACUACCGAUGAUAUAGAUAUCGAACCAACUCCAGUUGAUGGUGUAAAAGUCAUUUAUGGUUCAAUAACAUCAUUGAUUGAUAGAUUGGAUGAUGAAUUUACAAAAUCAUUACAAAAUACCGACCCACAUUCAAUGGAAUAUGUUGAGAGAUUGAAAGAUGAAAGUAGAAUUUACAAUUUGAUUGUUAGAGGUCAAGCAUAUAUAGAGUCCAUAACACCAUCUUUGGAGAGUGAACAAUUAGCCAGAAUAAUAUUAAGAAGAUUGGAACAUAUUUAUUACAAACCAAAUCAGUUAAUUCAAGGAAACGAAGUUGAAACUAAGAUUGGUAAAGGUAGUCCCGAUGAAAUAAUAGACUCAUUAAGUAAAUAUUUACAAAAUAGCAACAACAAAAUUUUCGGUAAACAUGCCGUACUAUACUCCAUAUACUAUUAUGCUGUCAAUAAUCAAUACAAAAAGGCUAGAGAUUUAUUUUUAUCUGCUCAAUUUGGUAACAUUAAUUCUUCAGAAUCAUCAUUACAAGUUCAAUACAACAGAGCAUUGGUCCAAUUAGGGUUAAGUGCUUUCAGAUCUGGUGCAAUUGAAGAAUCUCAUAAAAUUUUAAAUGAAAUUGUUAAUUCUCAGAGAUCAAAAGAAUUAUUAGGUCAAGGUUUUAACAGUAAAUUUCCUAAUCAAGCUACAUUAGUCGAAAGACAAAAAUUAUUACCAUUUCAUCAACAUAUCAACUUGGAAUUGUUAGAAUGUGUCUACAUGACGUGUUCCUUAUUAAUCGAAAUACCAGCAUUAGCAGCAGCAUCUACAACCAAAGAUAAACGUAAAAAUUCAUCGUUAAAAUCGUUCAAAAGUAAAUUAGAAUUUCAUGAUAGACAAUUUUUCACUGGGCCACCAGAAAGUAUCAAAGAUCAUAUUGUUCAUGCAUCGAUUGCUUUACAAAAAGGUGAUUGGUUAAAAGCUUACAACUUAUUAUCGUCAAUUAAAAUUUGGAGAUUAUUCCCAGACAAUGAUGAUCUUUUAUCCAUGAUGAAAAAUCAAUUACAAAUUGAAGGUUUAAGAACAUACGUUUUCACCUAUAAGUCUGUGUAUUCAAAAUUAUCUAUCUCGAAAUUAAGUACAAUUUUUAAUUUACCAGAGGAAAAAGUAAUUGAAAUUUUAACCGGCAUGGAUGAACAAGUUGUUGAUGGGUAUGUCAAUUUCUCAAAUGCUGCUCAAAGAUCAAAAUUACAAGAAUUAGCUAUAUUAAUGAAUGAGAAAAUACAAUUACUUACAGAGAAAAAUGAAAAAACUUCUUCAAAUGGUUAUGGUAAAAAACAAACUACUCAAAAUCAAGGUCAACAAAAUAAUCAACAACAACAAGGUCAAUCCCAAAAUCAACAAAACCAACAACAACAUCAAUCAAGCAAUCAACAAGGUCAACAGUCUCAACAACCACAACAACAAUCUCAAUCUCAACAAACUCAACAUCAACAACAAACUCAACAAUCACAAAUUGAAGAAAAUAAAUUUAGGUAUGCUAAUGUUAACCCAAACAAUGAUGAAUUUCAAGUCACUGCGUGA